AUGGCCUCGAGAACACUCUCUGCAGGGGCACGGAGUGCUUUCGCUGCCUACUCCUCGAUGCGGCCCGCUCGCAACUUCCACGCGACUGCACGAACCCUCGCCGACGCGACCGCUACCCUGCCGGCCCGCAAGCCCGUGGGUGCCUUCCGAGGCGGUCUCUUUGGCUUUCUUCUGGGCACCACUCUCGCCGGCGCCGGUGUUUACGGCUACACCUUGAGGGAAUACAAGGCGUCGAACGAGCUGUUGACGGAAGACAUCUACGCGUUGCAGGCGGCUUGCCAGAAAUUGAACACUUACUGCCAGGCGUUGGAGGACAAGAUGGAUGCUGCGGAACGGAAAAGGAAGUGA